UCUUCUAUUGAAAGAAAAAAAAACAGUGGAGGUAGUGCCGCUUACUGACACGGGGUGAUAAUUUAAGCUUUCAGAGCUUUCUCUUUCCAGUAGAGAAGACGUUUCCUUUGUCUCAGUACAGAGGUGGCAUAAGAGUCAAACAUGAUAACUUCAGCGGCGGGAAUAAUUUCUCUGUUGGACGAAGACGAGCCCCAACUGAAGGAGUUUGCCUUGCACAAAUUGAACUCUAUUGUCAAUGACUUUUGGGCUGAGAUAUCGGAAUCCGUUGAUAAAAUUGAAGUCCUGUAUGAAGAUGAGACAUUUCGUAGCAGAGAGUUUGCUGCUCUGGUGGCUUCCAAAGUUUUCUACCAUCUUGGGGCUUUUGAGGAGUCCCUGAACUACGCUCUCGGAGCUGGGGACCUGUUCAAUGUCACUGAUGAUUCAGAAUAUGUGGAAACAAUUAUUGCCAAAUGCAUUGACCACUACACAAAGCUGCGCGUGGAGAACGCAGAACUGCCGGAUGGUGAGGAGAAGAAGAACAUUGACCCGCGGCUUGAGGGCAUCGUAAACAAGAUGUUCCUCCGUUGCCUGGGAGACCAUAAGUACAAGCAGGCUAUCGGUAUUGCCCUGGAGACGCGCCGCUUGGACAUCUUUGAGAAGACCAUUCUGGAGUCUAAUGACGUCAGCGGCCUCCUGGCCUACAGCCUGAAGGUGUGCAUGUCGCUGAUGCAGAACAAGCAGUUUCGCAAUGAAGUUCUCAGGGUGCUGGUCAAGCUUUACAUGAACCUGGAGAAGCCGGACUUCAUCAAUGUCUGUCAGUGCCUGAUAUUCCUGGAUGACCCCCAAGCCGUCAGUGACAUCCUGGAGAAGCUGGUUAAGGAGGACAACCUGUUGAUGGCCUAUCAGAUAUGCUUCGACCUGUACGAGAGUGCCAGCCAGCAGUUUCUGUCCUCCGUCAUCCAGAACCUGCGCACUGUGGGGACCCCCAUCCCCUCGGUACCAGGCUCCACCAACACGGGUACCGUGGUUACCCAUGACAAAGACGGCGAUACUAUGGAAACUGAAGAGAAGGUCGGGAGCUCUCCUGCUGGGAAGGCGGCUGAUAAAAAGGACGAACCUAAAGACCAGAAUUCGAAGAUGAUCAAAAUCCUCAGCGGGGAAAUGGCCAUAGAGCUGCAUCUGCAGUUUCUCAUCCGAAACAACAACACGGAUCUCAUGAUCCUCAAGAACACAAAGGAUGCCGUGCGGAAUUCGGUAUGUCACACAGCGACGGUCAUCGCAAACUCCUUCAUGCACAGCGGCACCACCAGCGACCAGUUUCUCAGAGAGAAUUUAGAGUGGCUAGCGAGAGCUACUAACUGGGCCAAAUUCACUGCCACUGCCAGCCUGGGCGUCAUUCACAAGGGACAUGAAAAGGAGGCGCUGCAGCUCAUGGCCACGUACCUCCCCAAAGACACCUCCCCUGGCUCGGCCUACCAGGAAGGGGGUGGUCUCUAUGCCCUGGGACUCAUUCAUGCCAACCAUGGGGGGGACAUCAUUGACUACCUCCUCAGCCAACUUAAGAGCACCAGCAAUGAUAUCGUCCGUCACGGUGGAGCCCUAGGCCUGGGCUUAGCUGCCCUGGGCACUGCCCGACAGGAUGUGUAUGACCUUCUGAAGGCCAAUCUCUACCAGGACGAUGCGGUGACAGGCGAGGCGGCUGGACUCGCCCUGGGCCUGGUCAUGCUGGGGUCCAAGUCGGCCCAGGCCAUUGAGGACAUGGUCGGCUACGCCCAGGAGACGCAACAUGAAAAGAUCCUGCGUGGGCUGGCUGUGGGCAUUGCACUGGUCAUGUAUGGCCGCAUGGAGGAGGCCGACACCCUCAUCGAGAGCCUCUGCAGGGACAAGGACCCCAUCCUACGGCGCUCUGGGAUGUACACGGUGGCCAUGGCGUACUGCGGCUCUGGCAACAACAAAGCCAUCAGACGGCUGCUGCACGUAGCUGUGAGUGACGUCAAUGACGAUGUGAGGCGGGCCGCAGUGGAGUCAAUCGGGUUUAUCUUGUUCAGGACCCCGGAGCAGUGCCCUAGCGUGGUCUCGUUGCUGUCGGAGAGCUACAACCCGCACGUGCGCUGUGGUGCGGCCAUGGCGCUGGGCAUCUGCUGCGCCGGCACAGGGAACAAGGAAGCGAUAAACCUCCUGGAGCCCAUGACCAACGACCCAGUCAAUUAUGUGCGGCAGGGAGCCCUCAUAGCCUCGGCUCUUAUCAUGAUCCAGCAGACUGAAGUCACCUGCCCCAAGGUCAACCAGUUCCGGCAGCUGUACUCCAAGGUCAUCAACGACAAACAUGACGAUGUCAUGGCCAAGUUCGGGGCUAUCCUCGCGCAGGGCAUUUUGGAUGCAGGCGGCCGCAAUGUCACCAUCUCCCUGCAGUCCCGCACAGGCCACACCCACAUGCCCUCGGUGGUGGGCCUGCUGGUCUUCACCCAGUUCUGGUUCUGGUUCCCCCUCUCCCACUUCUUGUCCUUGGCGUUCACCCCUACUGCUAUCAUUGGGCUCAACAAAGACCUGAAGAUGCCGAAGGUGCAGUAUAGGUCUAACUGCAAGCCUUCCACCUUCGCAUACCCCCCCGCGCUGGAGGUGCCGAAGGAGAAGGAGAAAGAGAAGGUCUCCACAGCAGUCCUCUCCAUCACAGCCAAGGCCAAGAAGAAGGAGAAAGAGAAGAGGGAGAAAGAGGAGGAGAAGAUGGAAGUGGAACCUACGGUGGAGGGUGAAAAGAAGGACGAGGAGAAGGAGAAAGAGAAAGAGAAGAAGAAGGAGCCAGAGGCCAACUUCCAGCUGCUGGAGAACCCAGCCAGGGUGAUGCCAGCCCAGCUGAAAGUGCUGAGCAUGCCAGAGACGUGCCGCUACCAGCCCUUCAAACCGCUCUAUACUGGAGGUAUCAUCAUCAUGAAGGACACCAGCGAGGAGGAGGAAGAACUCGUCGAGCCAGUGUCUGCGCAUGGCCCUAAGAUUGAGGAGGAAGAACAGGAGCCAGAGGCCCCAGAGCCGUUUGAGUACAUUGAUGAAUAACUCAUUUGGCCAGGCAGACGCCCUGAGCAUUAGCAAAGGAGUCUGGGAGUCCGAUGUGCAUGUCUAUCCUCUUUCACACAUACCUUUCCUGGCAGUGGGUUCUGCAGGGAAUGUUUUACACUCUUGUUAAAUUGUAUAGUUUCUGUGAGUACAAUUAAAAAUGUAUAUUACAGAA